AUGAACCCAUCCAAUACAUUGGGAGAUUCGACGCCCGACACCAACAUCUCGGCGCCUUCCAACAACUCAGGCCCGGUAUGGCUUUCUUCAAUGAGUUCCAUGUCGCCGCCGGCGCCGGAGAAUAUGUAUGGCCAAAACGCAUUCUACCCUCCGAUGCCUGCCAAUCCUGCAUGGGAGAACCCUCCCGCGUCCCCUAGAUCGGCGGGUCUGGCAGAUGCGACAAUGCACAAGGUCGCCAUUCCCCGUCUUGCAGCUCCUAUUAGUUCCCGUGGACGACGUCGUUCAGCACGGGCGUGCGAGGCUUGUCGGACAAGGAAAACAAAAUGCGACGGUGCCCGACCAACGUGUGGGCAGUGUGCUUAUCACAAAAACCGCUGCACUUACGAGGAUGUGAAGCGCGUUCGCGAUCAGAAGAUGCUUGAUGUCUUGGCGCGGAGAGUCGAUCGGUACGAAACAUUGUUGCGCAGCCUUGAGGGAGAGAAUGAGGAUAUCAAUCGAAAUGAAAACACUCGUGCGGCAGGGUACUUUGGCAAGAACUCUGAGAUUACAUGGAUGCAACGCCUGGAAGAUGGAGUGGAGAAUGAUAGUCGACAGCAAUCUGUGGCGACCUCACAGUCCGAGGAUACCAGUGAAACGCUAUCUCGCCCGCAAGAGACUACGGCCCGAGAGAUUCCAAUGGCAAUGAUGAACUAUCAUCUCGAUAAUAUGGAUAUACCCAUUAUUGAGGAUGUCGAUCCCCUCGCCGUGCCGCCACGUGAGGUUGCUGAUGGAUACUUCCACGCGUAUAUGGCUUUCGUUCACCCCAUUUUCAGCGCCGUUCGAAAACCAGCCUUUACAUCCCAAUAUCGCCAAUUCUUUGAUCGAUCGGCCAAACCGCCAAGGAAGUGGUUGGGUAUUCUCAACAUGAUAUUUGCGAUCGGGUGUCGAUAUUUUAAACUCAUGAAUUUGACCAAUGCUUCCAGUGAGAAUGACCUAGUCUUCUUGUCGCGAGCUUGGAAGCUGGGCAUGCAGAGCAAUGUUCUUCUUGAGCAUACUGAUCUUCAGCAAAUCCAGCUGGAGUUCCUCAUUGCGGUUUACCUCCUUUGCCUAGGACAAGUCAACAGGGCUUCUACGUUUUCCGGCUUGGCCCUUCGAUCUGCACUAUCCCUGGGCAUUAACCUCCGUUUGACAGAUGACCGCACCCAUAAUGCUUCCAAAGAAGCGCGAUGUCGCCUAUGGUGGUCCAUCUACUGCCUAGAGAACCUUCUUACCUCAAUGCAUGGCCGAGCCUCCGGCGUUGGCGAAGGAGUCUGCUCUGUACCCCUUCCCAUCCCAGUUGAAGAGGAAUACUUUGAGAAGCCCGACGUCCAGCGCCUUUUCCACGACUACCAAGCCCGCGACGACCAUCUCCGCGCGACAAUAUUUGAGACACCAACCAAUCACAUCCCUCAACCUGCCGCAACAAGCUGGAUUUCACAAUGCAGUCCAUCCCCCUCCCUCUUCUUCUACUACCUCGUCGACCUAGCCCUAAUCUCUCAAUCGGUCAUCAACAAAAUCUACAGCAUUGAGGGCAUCCGCGAAGGAACUUCCCAAAUAGAAUAUCGCCUUCAAAAAUACGCAACCCUGAUGGACCGCUGGCUCGCCAAACUCCCCUCAAAUUACCAAUUCACCAUUCCCUCCUCCGGUCCCUGGCACCUCAACCACCCAAAACUAGACGACACCUCCGCUCCCUAUGUUCGUGAAUGCGUCUGUCUAGCAAUGUCCUACUUCUCCUCCCGAAUCGCCCUCUGCCGCCCAUGUCUCUCACACAGCCAUUCCCAAAACCCAGGCGACUCCCGCACAAAACUUCGCUCAGAAAUGGCUACACAAUGUCUCCAAGCCGCAUGUGCUCUCAUCUCAAUUCUUCCCGAAACACCCAAUAUCUCUUGGCUCGCCCGCGUCGCGCCAUGGUGGAGUGUACUUCAUUUCCUAAUGCAAGCCACAACUGCACUUCUCCUCGGCCUUUCUCACGCCUCCGUUACAGAUUACUCUACAUCCACGUCUCCCAUGUCCGUCCCUUUGAACGAAAUUGAUCUCAAGGCAGCCAUCGUCGAGACUCGCAAGGUCUUCUUCUGGAUCCAUGCUAUGGCUGUCGUGGAUCCGGCGGCCAGACGGGCUUUCUUACUCGUUGAGAGCGUUAUGAGGAGGAUUGCAGGUUCUUUGAAUGUGGAUUUGAAGGACUGGCCUUCUUCAAACAAUUUGGCAACGUUUAGUGCCGAGGGACGGGGAGGAUGGAUGGGUUGGAUGAAUUGGUUGAUUUUGAGGGGUCGGGGUCGUUUGGGGACGGAUUAUGAUGAAAUUGGCAAAUGA